AGUUAUGAUUUUCACCAUGCUGGUCGUGGAGACUGGGUCUCUGUGGGUUUUCAGGUCUCAUGAGAUUCAUCUUAGGGCUGCUUGCCUCACUGGGGCCUCUGUUCUCAUCUAGCUGCACAAUAGGAAGUCUGACAAGUUGCCAUCAUGUUUGGUUUCCAUUUUGAAAUGUUUUAAGGAAGAGAUGAGAGAGAUUUUUUGAAGGAAGUAGAUCUCUUAGCAAUAUGACUUCAGAGAUUACUUAUGCUGAAGUGAGGUUCAAAAAUGAAUCCAAGUCCUCAGGUACCAAAUCAGAGCCUCCGGCAGCUCCCAAAGAGAAGACCAGCCCUUAUAAAAGUAACCCUGGUUUUUCCAAAGCACUUUUUCUCUCAUUGCUGAUACUUCUGCUGCUAUUGGCAAUCUCAUUUUUUAUCGCUUUCAUCAUUUUCUUUCAAAAAUAUUCUCACCUUCUUAAAGAAAAAAAGACUGUAAAAGAAUUCACUCACACAGCUUUGGACUGUAUGAAAGAAAAUUUGACCAUGGAAGAGAAAGACUGGAGCUGCUGCCCAAAGGGUUGGGAGCCAUUUAGUUUGAAUUGCUACUUUAUCUCUACUAAAGACAAGAAUUGGAAUGAGAGUGAGAAGAACUGCUCAGGAAUGAAGGCUCACCUGCUAGUGAUCAACACCAAGGCUGAGCAGGAAUUUAUCACUGGGAAACUGGAUAAAAACUGGGCUUAUUUUGUGGGGCUGUCAGACCCAGAGGGGACAGGACACUGGCAAUGGGUUGAUCAGACACCAUACAAUCAAAGUGCCACAUUCUGGCACCCAGGUGAACCCAGCAGUCAUCCUGAUGAGCGUUGUGCUGCUCUGAAUGCUCGUUGGCAGAAUUGGGGCUUGAAUGAUAUCCCCUGUGGUGAAUCUCACAGAUCAAUUUGCAAGGUGAUGAAGAUCUACUUAUGAAUGAAAAUUCUACGUGAACAUGUGGUUGAAUUGGUGUCCACCAUUAAAGAGAGAGCUAAUUUGCUUUUCACUUUUAUUUUUUUAAAACGUUUUUUUUUUUAGUUGGGGAAUAUUGGGGGACAGUGUGUUUUUCCAUGGCCCAACAGCUACAAGUAAAGUCAAGUCAUUGUCCUUCAAUCUAGUUGUGGAAGGCGCAGCUCAGCUCCAGGUCCAGACCCCGUUUUCAAUGUUAGUUGCAGGGGGCACAGCUUACCAUCCAUGAGGGAAUUGAACCGGCAACCUUGUUGUUAAGAGCUCAGGCUCUAACCAACAGAGCCAUCUGGCCGCCCCUAAUUUGCUUUUUAAAUUUCAUGUAUAAGCUUGCAUAAGUGAUCUCCAUAGAAUUUUCCAGUAAGCUGUCACCUAGUCCACCUAUGAUAAAAUCAGUGUAUACAUUCAUUUAUUUAUUCAUUAAUAAAAUGAAAAUAUACUGAGCAUUUUACAUGUGCAGACCCAUACUGGAGAGCCUAUCUGCAGACAAACGGAGGAAGCAUGAGCCUCCUCUCCCAAUUUUUGUCUAAUUGCUAAGGGGUUCGAUACUUAUAUGAUAUGAUGUGGCUGGUUCCUCCAUCUAUCUGGAUUUUUCUCUUUAUGGGUUGGUCAAAAGAAAAUAAUACUGAAUAUUACAUUCCAUUUCUCAGAGAGAUUUAUUAUUUUCACUGAAAGCAAACUAUGUAGCAGUUGGAAUAUAAUAUACCUCAGUGUAAGAUAAGUUCCAGCUUUGGUCCAGUGGGAUCUUGGGCUUCUUCACAUUCUCUGUUUGGUCUUGGAUUGUCAUUUAACAUCAGAGUACAGCCAUAGGAUAAUCAGAGAUAGAGCAUUGGAUAUUUAGAAUUAUAGUUAUUGCUGGUGUGAAAAAGAAUAUAAACAGAGCCACUUUAAAAAGGGAGUUGGAGUUGCCAUCCCAGAGGAAGUGCCUUGCAUGUCUUACUCCUUUGGGAUGUUAAAACUUUGCAAAAUAAUCUUUGAACUGGACCUAAAGGAGCACUGUAUCCCAAACAACUGUUUGCAAGGAUAAGAAAAAAAGCUGAUGUUAUGACUACCUGGCUGAAAAUUAAAAGACAUUCUUUAGAAUUAACAUGACUAUGUUAGUCUAUCUGCACCGAUAGAAAUCCCUUCCUUCUAUUCAUGUAAUUGUUCCCCUUACCUUUCUCAUAAACACACCUUGUCUUCAACUUAUCGUUGGAACGCUAUUUGGGUUUCUGCCUGAAUCAUAGCUUUUGGAUCUCAAAUGCUUGUUGGCUCUCACUUUGGCCUUUUGUUUUUAGGUUAACACUGGUGAGUUGAUACAGAUUUCUAUUCAUCAGGUAUUUUGAUGCAUUUUUUUCUUUGGUUAAGUUUUAUGGUUUCUAUGUAGGGGUUGCCACUCAAAAUGUCCUCUGGUGUAUUUGUAGUCCCCUUUUUACCAAAGUUCUUAUAGAUCAUUUUCUUUCUACAAC